GGGGGCUCUGGGCGGCGCUGGCGGCGCUGGCGGCGCUGGGGGGGCGCGGGGGGGGCGCGGCCGUGGCCCGGGAGCGGUUCAAGGUGGUCUUCGCCCCCCUGAUCUGCCGGAGGACGUGUCUGAAGGGGCUGUGCCGGGACUCGUGCCAGCCCGGCUCCAACAUGACCCUGAUCGGAGAGAACGGGCACGCGGCCGACACCCUGACCGGCUCCGGCUUCCGAGUGGUGGUGUGCCCCCUGCCCUGCAUGAACGGCGGCCAGUGCAGCUCCCGCUCUCACUGCCUGUGCCCCCCCAACUUCACCGGCCGCUUCUGCCAGGUCCCCGCGGGGGGGGCGCGGACAGGAGGGGCGGGACCCCCCCCUCCGCCCCCCCCCGCGCCCCCCGACGCCCCCCCCGAGCCCGCCCCGGGCUCCAAGGUCGCCGUUUACGCCGUCCAGGUCAUCGCCGAUGGCCCCGGGGGGGCGGCGGCGCCCCCCGAGCCCCCCCCCGGGGCUGCCCACGGUGCGGGGGGGCACGGGGGGGGGCACGUCAGCCACGCCACCUUCGUCGUGCCCCUGGGGCCGGGGCACCACUCGGCUGAAGCACAGGUGCCCCCUCCCCUGGUGAACGUGCGGGUCCAUCACCCCCCCGAGGCCUCGGUGCAGGUCCAUCGCAUCGAACCGCGCCCCCCCGAGGGGGCUCCCCGGGCCGGGGGGGGGCUCCUGGCCCACCCCGCGCAGCCCCCGGCCGGCAGCAAACCCCCCGCGCCCCCCCGGCCCCACACCCACAAACCGCUGGGCCGCUGCUUCCAGGAGACCCUGCCCAAGCACUCGUGCGGCAGUAACCCCCUGCCCGGGCUCACCAAGCUCGAGGAUUGCUGCGGCAGCAUCGGCAGCGCCUGGGGACAGAGCAAGUGCCACAAAUGUCCCCACCUGCAGCAGGGUUCGGGGUCCCCGAAGGCGUCGCGGGGGGAGCGCGGGGGGGGCGACUGCCCCCAGGGCUACAAACGGCUCAACAGCUCCCACUGCCAGGACAUUAACGAGUGCGCCCUGCCCGGCGUGUGCCAGCCCGGCGAGUGCCUGCCUGGGCCCGGGGCGCUUCGCUGUCUCGGCGGGCACGUGCUGGGGCCCUCCCGGAGCCAGUGCCUGGGCGAGCCGGCCGAGGAGCGCGGGCUGUGUUUCCGCCUGGUCUCGGGCUCGCAGCAGUGCCAGCACCCGCUGCCCACGCGCCUGACGCGCCGCACCUGCUGCUGCAGCGUGGGCAAGGCCUGGGGGGGGCGCUGCCAGCGCUGCCCCCCCGACGGCACCGCCGCGUUCAAGGCCAUCUGCCCGGCGGGGAAGGGCUACCACGUGCUGACCUCGCACCAGACCCUGACCAUCCAGGGCGAGAGCGACUUCACGCUGCACAUCCACCCCGACGGGACCCCCCCCCGGCCGCCCCCGCCCGCCCCCAGCCCCGCCCCGACGCCCCGCCCCGCCAGCUGUGACCCCCCCGGCCAUGCUGCCGGCGUUCGGGAGCCCUUGGAGGAGCAGGGCCUGGAGCAGCCCCCGGGGAGCAGCGACCCCCCCCGGUACCCCGCGCUCCUCGCCCGCCCCACGCCGGCCCCGCUCUGGCAGCUGCCCCCGGAGCAGCUGACGCGCAGCUCCGCCGAGAUCGCGCCCACCCAGGUCACCGAGACGGACGAGUGCAAACUGAACCGGAACAUCUGCGGGCCCGGCGAGUGCGUGAUGGGCCCGGGCGGGUACAGCUGCCUCUGCUUCCCGGGGUACCGCUGGCACCCCCAGCGCCGCUACUGCGCCGGUACGGACACACGGACACGGCACGGACACGGCACGGACACGGGGACAUGGGGGACACUGGGGGGCACCUGUGCAGACAUCGACGAGUGCGCCAAGGGUGACGUGUGCGGGGACGGCGGCACCUGCUCCAACGUGCCCGGCCACUACAAGUGCGAGUGUCACCCGGGCUACCGGCGCAAGGGCUCGCGGCCGCCCCUCUGCGAAGACAUCAACGAGUGCCUGGACGUGGGGACCUGCCCCGACUCCAAGUGCGAGAAUCAGCCCGGGGGCUUCGUGUGCACCCCCUGCCCCCCCGGCUACCGCGGCCUCAACGGCGCCUGCAUCGACGUGAACGAGUGCGAGGCCGGGGGGCUCUGUGCCGGGGUGGGCUGCGUGAACACCCCCGGAUCCUACAAGUGCCAGUGCCCCCCCGGGCUGCAGCCGGCGCGGGACCCCCCCCGCUGCCAAGACAUCGACGAGUGCGAGUUCGCGGCCGCCUGCGUGGGGGGCGACUGCGUGAACACGGCCGGGUCCUACCGGUGCCUGUGCCCGCCCGGCUACGCGCUGCUGCACGGCCGCCGCUGCCAGGACAUCGACGAGUGCGCGCUGGACCCGGGGCUGUGCCCCCCCCCCGGCACCUGCACCAACCUCGAGGGCUCCUUCAGCUGCCGCUGCCCCCCCGGGCUCGCCCCCAGCCCCGACGGGCGCCGCUGCCUCCCUCGGGAGCCCCCGGCCCCUCGCAAGGAGUGUUACCUGAGCCUGGAGCUGCCCGCGUUCUGCGACGCCGUGCUGGGCACCAACGUGACGCGCGGCGAGUGCUGCUGCUCCGUGGGCGCGGGCUGGGGGGACCUGUGCGAGGUGUACCCCUGCCCCCUGCCCUCCUCGGCCGAGUUCGUGGCGCUCUGUCCCGACGGGAGAGGCUUCAUCCAGGACGACAACGGCCUCGACUACGGGGGGAUCCCCGCGCACCGCGACAUCGACGAGUGCGGCCUCUUCGGGGCCGAGAUCUGCAAGGGCGGCAAGUGCGUCAACACGCAGCCGGGCUACGAGUGCUACUGCAAGGCGGGCUUCGACUACGACAGCGCCCUGCGCCAGUGCCUGGACGUGGACGAGUGUCUGGACGAGUCCAACUGCGUGGACGGAGCGUGCGAGAACACGCGCGGCUCCUUCCGCUGCACCUGCGGGCCCGGGGCUCGCUACCACCCCGGGCUGCGGCGCUGCCUGCCCGGCCCCGAGCACGAGCGCCCCCCCCCGGCGGAGCGCGCCCCGCCCCCGGAGCGCAGGGACGUUUGCUGGCAGCGCCGGGGGGACGAGGGGGUGUGCGGGGCGCCCCUCGGGGGGGGCCCCCUGACCAUGGACGAGUGCUGCUGCCGGGGGGGGGCGGGCUGGGGACCCCACUGCCGGCCCUGCCCCCCCCGGCCCCCAGGCCUGCCGUGCCCCCCCGUGCAGAGCGAGAGCAAUUCCUUCUGGGACGUCAGCGCCCUGGGCCUGGGGGGGCCCCGCAGAGGUGAGGACAGCUCUGAGGAAGACUCCGCUGAGUGUCCCUGUCCCGGGGGUGUCCCCGGCCGCUGCCUCCGCUCCCCACGGGGGGGCUGCGAGUGCCCCGGCUUCCAACCGGACCCCAGCCGCACCCGCUGCCUCGAUAUCGACGAGUGUCGGGACCCCCGGGGGGGUCCCCGCUGCCCCCUCGAGCGCUGCGUCAACACCAGCGGCUCCUUCCGCUGCGCCUGCAAAGCCGGGACCGCGCGGAGCCGCCCGGGGGGGCUCUGCCUGCCCCAGCGCCGCUGAACCCCCCGGGACCCCCCCGGGACCCCCGGGAUCCUCUGGGCCCCGCCGGACCCCGGGCCUCGGGGA